CAAGUGUCAAAAACAGCUGUCAAAGUGUCAUCAAAGUGAAUGAAGUUUAUUGAUCGAGCAAAGAAAAUUUUCAAAUCAUUUUCGCAAUUCCCAUUUGCUCUUUCUUCAGAAAAUCUUUACAAAAGAAAGAAUGUUGACUGCAAUGGUUGGAUAAUCUUGAAAUUGAUAUCAAAAUGAUGUACGUUAUCAAUGAAUUAAAAAAGAAAGGCAAUGUCGACGAGAAAGAAAAAGCUGAAAUCAUUCAAGAUGUAAAUAAUCGUGUUGGUGGCGAUAUCAAUGACUUGGUUAACGCAUAUAACUUGGAGAAUGAAUUAAGUUUGCGUAAAAAACAUUUGGUCAGCUGCCUUAACUUAGCCAACAAUGAGGUGCCGUCGAAAAUAUUUUCGGCAAUCAGAAAAGCCAUAUCAAACACCAAUGAGGUGGAAAACUUAAAGGCGAGACGGGAAGCUCUUGAUGCAAGAGUAGAGACCUUCUACAAUGAAACAGAGUCGCUAAGAACAGAACUCAAUAAAAGAUUCACAGCCAUCAACAAGUUAGAACAGGCCUUGGAGUAUAUGAAAUCUUAUGAGAAGAUAGAUGCUUUGAGUCGCCAAAUGAAACAAUGCAGCGAUGAUGAACUGAUGGUCUUAUUAUACGGAGACCUGAAAGAGAUGUCCAAGGUGUACAACAAAGGACAUCGGGCUACAUACAUCAAAGAGUACUUGCAUUACUGGCAUAAUGUGCUAAAAGACAAGAUAACAAACCAUUAUGAAGAUGUCCUGAAGCAAAUAAAAUGGCCAUUUGUCACCGGUUCUGAGAAUGCAACACCUCCUAAGGAAGCACUUGUGAAGUUCAAAAAUCUCACUAGAUAUUUAUUUCUGAUACAAGAGCCUGAGGAUCAGACAGCGAAGCCUGUUUCUGAAGAAGUUACCCCUGAAAGCAACCCAUGCCUCCCCGUGAAGAUUCUCCUACGACCUUUGAAGAAGCGAUUCCUGUUCCAUUUCACUGGGACUAGACAGACGGCUCGCAUUGACAGACCGGAAUGGUUCUUGACCCAAACCCUUACCUGGAUCAAGGAUCAUCAGGCAUUUGUCAGCGCUCAUGUCCAACCUAUUGCUGAAAAGCUUGAUCUGAACAAUGUUAGGGCUGUGGACGAAUUCAAUGCUGGCCUGAUUGCCCUAGCAGCUGAACGCUUGUACACUGUGCUAGCAUUGUACCACACACAAGUGGCUAAAGGCGAGAUAGUCGAUGUAGACGCAGCCUUUGCGCAUGCGGUGGAUGAGACGCUCGGGUUUAAUAGAGAGCUGACCAUACUGAUUGGCCGCGAGGAGAACAGUGUGCUCUCUGUGUUGACUAAAGCUGAGACAUUUGUGCGAUGGCUGUCGGUCGAGAAGAAAUAUGCCCUGGCCAAGAUGGAUGAGACCCUGGGCAACGACCAGUGGGGCGAGCCGGUGGCGGCGGGCGUGGGCGCGGCCAGCGGCGCCGUGCUGUGGGUGCCGCGCGCCGCCGACUGGUUCGUGUCGCUCCUCAAGACCAUCGAGGACAGAUACGCCGCGCUGCCGCAGCCGGGACACAGACUGCAGUUCCUGGAGCUGCAACUGGAGCUGAUCGAGGAGUGGCGCGUGCGCCUGAUGCAGCUGAUGAACGCGGCGGUGGAGACGCUGACGCCGGAGUCGUUCCUGGCGGCGCGCGGCGCGCAGGCGCUGCCCGCCGUCGUCAACGCCGCGCACUACACGCGCUCCGUGCUGCUGCAGCGCGCGCACUCGCUGCACUACCUCCAGCUGCACUACUACCGGCGGCAGUUCCUGCACUUCACGCAUCAGCACCACGAGGAGGACUCCACGUCUUCCUCCAGCUCUGAUGACGAGGACAGCGAGGAGCAAGAGGAAAUCAAACCUAAGCCAGAAGGGCAAAUGGAAGACGCCAUGUCGUUGAACGAAGUGGAACAACGCGCUAAGAAAAUGGCUAUAAAUGCAAUAAGCCGAAGAAAUUCACACAUCACAGAUCCAAGUCAGAUCGAUAUUGACAUCUAUACCGCUUUGUGGUUAACAUCGUCGCCGAUCGCUAACUUGGCUGUGACCGAGCCGCUGGGCGUGGAUGAAGAUAUCGAAGUGGCUGGAGUGUUUGCCGAAGCGCCGGCGCUGUUGGCCAGGGUGCGUGACGCUGGACUGGCGAUUUUGUCUGAACACAUACUGCUGGAGUUCAAGGCUGGACUGCGCGAUUAUAAGCGGCAGAAAUGGCACGGGCUGGUGGUGGUGGAGGCGCGCGCGCUGUCGGUGUCGGCGGCGCUGUGCGGGCCGCUGGGCGCACUGUGCAUGCGCAUGCGCGGUGCGGGCGCGGCGCUGGCCCCGCCGCUCGCCGCCGCCCUGCGCGCGCACCUCGCCGCCGAGCUCGACCACCACAUCUACCAGGAGGUGGUCCUGGAGAGUUGGUUCAACACGGGCGGCACGAUGCAGUUCACGCACGACGUGAAGAGGAACCUCGUGCCGGCCUUCGCGCCACCCAACAAGGUCGCUUCGCAAGUCAACCAACUGCCGAAGUUGCUAGAAGCGUGCAAACUCCUCAACCUGGACUACGACGACGCGCGUCGUCUCCGAACGAUGUUGGCCAAGAGCGCCCCCCCGGGCAUCGACGGGCUGUCCUGCCAGGGCAUCCGGCACAUCACGCCCAGCGAGGCCCUGCAGAUCCUCAACCAGAGGACGGACCUUAGUGACGCCACCAGUCCAACAUCAGUCAUGGAGUUAUUCUGAGGGUUCGAAGGAGGAGGUGUUUAAAGCGGCUUCAAUGGUUUGGAUUGGAAACAGCUGGUUAUAAUGCGUUCGUUAUUUUCUUUUAUUUUUAAGCAUUAAUACACUGUUGAUUUCAGAAUAUUUUCAGAAUUCAGACAAGAAAUUUUAUUAAGACCAAAGAGCUGAUGCAAUUUGAUCAAAAAUGAAAAUUUAAUUCGAAAAUUCGGAUUUGUUAAUAUCGCAGGCAUUUUAAAAGAAGUGAACAUUUUUCUAAGAUGCAAAAUGUGAUUUUUAACGUCACAAAAAAUCUAAUAGUAUUUGUAAAAUAAAAUGUCAGUCUAAAAUAUAAUGAAACAAAAUUAACAUUGAAAGAAAACAAAACUGUUCCAGAUAGAUAGUUAUUUAUUGGUCAUUUCUCAUUGAAUAUUAAAUUCUCAUUUUCAGCACUUUUUUGUUUUUUUUUUUAUAUUGGAAAGACAAGGUAUUGGUAAUUUGUAAAGCCGCUGAAGCGUACGCCUCCUCCUACGAUAGUAAUGUUAUAGUGUGUGUAUAAUCGGUGUCUAUGCUGUCACGUGGUUGAUUAAUUACGCUAACCUGACGAUUUAUUUAAUGGGUAUUAUGUGUUGAAGGUAUUUGAUAUUAUAUAAUAUAAUAUCAGCCCUGUAUUAUAUACUAUCCCACUGGACACGGGCCUCCUCUACUACUGAGAGGGAUUAGGCCUUAGUCCGCCACGCUGGCCUAGUGCGGAUUGGUAGACUUCACAUACCCUCAAAAUUUCUAAAAAGAAUUUCUCAAAUACGCAGGUUUCCUCACGAUGUUUAACUGUACCGUUAAAGCAAGCGAUAAUUCACAAAGAAUAGAAUUUGAUAUUAUAUGGUAAUUUAAUUGUCUCUGUAAUAUAAAUUUUACAAAACAAAAAAUAUUUUUCAAUAACAAGAUAACUAGCAAAUCGAUAGGAAUUUUAUUGCAUUAAAUAUUGGCUUUAAAACGUAAUUUGAGGCUUCAAAAGUUUGAAAUUAUGGCAGAGUAUUGUUUCAUGACUACAAAAAAAACAUCCAGGCGAAUUGAGAACCUCCUUUUUUGAAGUCGGUUGAUACAUUGGAUAUCGUUAUUGCAGUAAGCAUGAUUAAUUCGCAUUUAAUUACCCACGUGAGAGCUAUGUUAUUUAUUCAUCUACAUCUAGAUUUAAGAUAUUCAUAAAUGUCUCAUUAAUUCAGAUUAUGCAUCGAAUGCAAAUUAUGUAUAUUGGAUAAAGUAUAUAAAGGAAAGUCAUAAAAACUUUAAACUAUUUUUAUUUAACAAAAUAAUGUACAAAAUUAUAAACUAUUCCAUUUUAUUUCUACAUUGUCUUUAUUUGUAUGGAAUAAUGAUGUCUCAGUGUGUAACAACUCGUAAAUAUAUGUUAGAAGCAAAAAUGCAAAUUAAUUCAGAUUCAUUCAAAAUCUAUAAAUUUUGAUCUAAUGGUGUCUAUUUACUAUCAAUGUACUAUUAAAGUCAAAUAAAUGUAUUACUUAGAACAUCUCUUAUCUAUAUUUACAAUCUUCCCGAUUUUUAAUCAGCAUUUUGAGUGCAUAUUGUCUCUUUCUUUCUUACCCUGAGUCAUGACAGGAGUGAAAGAGACAAAAUCAGUCAAAAUUCUGAUAAAAACUUUUAUAGGUAAGGUGUUAGUGGCUAAGUCAAUAUUUAUGUAGUCCAUUGUUCUAAACGUAUCUUACCCUAUAUCAGCAAAUACACAGAGUAAACCCUCUUAUAAUUUUAAGGCAAAGGUAGUUAAAACGUAAUGCCAAAAGGUUACAUUUAGAAAAUAAAUAGUACGCAUAUUCAUUGAUAUUUGUCGUAUUGGAAAUCUGACAUUUUUCUUAGACUAUUUUCUUGUACUCCUUUAAAGACUUCGAUCGUUAAGAUAUAAAACAAUUUAUUUCAGACGAUCACUAAUGCAUUUAAAACUUUUGAGAUACAUUUUAAUAUUUUUUUUAAAUUUAAAUAAUUUAUCGUUAUACAACUGGAUGACAUUAAAUCUUAUGUUUUAUUUGUCUCUGUAUUGUCUAUUAGUGUUAUCUCUUCAAUAACCACUAUAAUAUAAAUAGAGUAUUAUAAUUGCGUCGGAUAUUGUACUAAACACAUUAUCUCUUAGGCGGGUAUAAAGCUAGGUUUAGACUAGAAAGUUCUUGCUGAAAUGUAUUGCGGAACUUUCAGAUGCGUUCACACAAGCGGCAAUUUUUCAAUAGAUAAUUUGCUGCACGUCUUGCAAGUCCUUUGCUUACAGUCUUCGAAACCUCGGGAGAAAAUUACAAUAUAAAUAACCGCGAAGCCUCUAAAUAAGUUUUAUUUCAAUAUCUAAUAUCCGAGUACACAUAAGUCAUAUAUAUAAUCAUUACUGUAAAAAAUACUUGCACUUCUACUAGCAAUUUUGAACUUCUGCAAGUUUUCUUGCUAAUCUAUACCUCGCUUUAUACCCAUAGCUUACCAUUUAUCUUAUAAUAUACAGCAUACAGAUCUCUGGAAUGGCACCACCGCACCCCCAAGUUAAUGUAUACCAUAAAAUACUUAAAAUAAAUAAUCGUUCACA